UAAUCAAUCUUCAUCGACUUUCUUGUAACGCCGUCGCCGUCGCCGUCGUAUCGCCGCCGAUCUUCCAACCGCCAUUACUUGAAUGAUCGUCGUCUCCAAAUCCUUACAUGUCUGCGCGUUUUCUAUCCACAUCGUCGAUGUGUAAAACGAAGAAAAACACAGGCGUGGUUGAGUCAAAAUCUCCUAGAAACUCCAUAGUUUCUCCAUCAUCAGAGCAAUUCGAUUCGUCUUCUUCAAGGAGGACAGGAUUCGUACCUUAUCGACAAACUUCCGGCGAUCGUUUCAAUAGCACAUCCACAACCGCAUCGUCGAGUUAUAAUCACAAGGACACACGAUCUUCCAUCUCUAGUCGCACUUCAUUAUCUAGUCUUCGCGAUUCAUUGCCGGAAAAUGCUCGCGUUUACGACUUUUCCGAGAUCCGUCAAGCCACGAACAAUUUCUCCGCCAAGCCGUUCUCGAAUUCUUCAUCUUCGACUUCGUGGCGGUGUUUAAUUGGCGGCAAAGACGUGAUAGUUUUCCAGAGGAAACUCAGACAGCCGAUUACAAAAGCGGAGGAACUUAGCGAUCGGUUGUCAUUGAUCUGUAAGAGUAGUCACGCUAGUUUGAUUAAACUCCAUGGAGCUUCUCUCUCAGGGAACUACAUUUAUUUAGUCUAUGAUUACAUCCACGGUGGUAACCUAACAGAUUGCCUUCGAAACCCUAGAAACCCUAACUUCACUGUACUGUCGAAUUGGAUGUCACGAAUGCAAAUUGCAGCCGAUCUCGCUCACGGAUUUGAUUACCUUCACAAUUCGACUGGACUUAGCAAUGGAUUUGUUCAUAAUCAUAUUAAAACUUCGAGCAUUAUCAUAAACGAACCAGGUUUAAACGCGAAAAUAUGUCAUUUCGGCACUGCGGAGCUCUGCGGCGAGGUUGAUAGAGAGGACGAGGGUGAAGAAGAAUCAGGUAAGAUCGGGAGAUUGAAGAGAUACGGAAGUGGAAUGAUGAAAUUUGGUGGAGCUAGAGGUUAUAUGUCACCUGAAUAUCUAACGACGGGAAUACCGACGCAAAAAUCGGAUAUAUUCGCGUUCGGAGUGGUGGUUUUGGAGAUAGUCUCCGGGAAAGAGCCUUUGAAGUAUGUUGUAUCAGAUGGUGAAGGGUAUAUGAGAGUUUCGUUGAUUGAUACCGCAAGAGAGGCGGUGGCUGACGGCGGCGGUGGGGUUAGGGGGUGGGCGGAUAGUAGGUUAAGGGAUUCGUAUCCGGUCGAGGUGGCUGAGAAAAUGGUUCGCGUGGGUUUGAAUUGUAUAGAGGAUGACCCAAAUGAUAGACCUGGAAUGGGAAUGAUUGCGAAUUGGAUUUCAAAACUGUAUCUGGAAUCUGAGGUUUGGGUUAAGAAUAUGGGUUUUCCGACUGACUUCACCGUCUCUUUGACAGGUCGCUAAAUAUGGGUUUUCCGGCACGACCACGCACAUAAUUCUUUGUAAUUUGCCAUUGGUAAAUAGCAAAUUGGGAAAGUUUGACACUUUAACUCAAGUAUUUUAC